AUGCCGGCCGACAGACUCCUCAAUACGGUCCUGCAGCUGUACCAGAACGUCCACGAUGAUCGCAAGACGGACCAGAUCGUCGGCUCGACCGUGAACCUCCUGACGACUCUCUCGAACCCGUUGAACCUUGGUGUCCUUACCUCGCAGCUGCUCUUGGCGCCCGCCAUAUGGCACCGUCGCGACGGCCUGCGGACGAGCCUGCGCAUUAUAUCCGUCUACAACAGCGCCGCCAUCCGUGUGCGCCAGAACGAGCUGGACAACGCCAAAAUCACGAUCCCUCAUGCGCCGCGGAAGGGCGGCGGGAUCGGCUGCGAUGCGUGGGUUCGCGCCGUGGUCAAGGGCGCCGACGACCGCUCUAACCGGUGGCAGCAUCUGCUGGUGCUGACGGGCAUACUGAUGGGCAUGGAGGGCAACGACAGGCAGUCGCUGUCGCGUAGUCUGCGGAACACGCUGGAGGAAGCGGUCGUGACGGCCGCGAAUCUCGCGUUGGAGAGGCUGGACGGUUCAUUCGCUUCGGCGUCGGUCGUGCUUGCGCUCAACUACGUCUUCCCGUUCCUUUCGGAUUUCCGUCAGAUGGCGCUUGACUGUAACGCUCUUCUGCCAAUUGCCGUGCUGGCUAUCACGGGUGAGGAUGGUUUCGAGGACUGUCGGUUCUUGGAGGACGUUAGGAAAGAUAUCAGACAGCACGGUCAGGUCGUCGAAUGGCCACCGAACGCCCCGUCGUUCCAGCUGCUGCAGUCAAUCGAGAGCAAACCCCUGAUGGGAGGCAUGGGACCUCUGUCAAGGCUGGCGGCCUUUGCCGUUACGAACGCGACGGACUCGGCAGUGGUUCUCGACGCUCAGGACUCUCUCUUGGAAUUCUCACAGAAGCUGUUCCAGCAGUGGCAGCGCAACCCGUUAUCGACGGUGGACGCCGCCGAUGAGACGGCGCAGCUGGAGCCAAACACGCGGGAGGCCACCUGGCCAAUCUUGUGGGGGACGCUGAAGAAGACCAUGUACGCCACAGUCGCUGUUUUGCAGGCGGUUGUCGGACGCAGCCUGCUCGACCCUCGCAUGAGGAACGAUGCUAUGGCUCCUCAAGUCGCCACGAAGUCAUUACACACCCUACGGUUCCUUUUCUUCGUCUCAUCGAGGCACGGAGCCAGCGCGUUUCAGGCAUACACCUUCACCUAUCUCACAUCUUUAGAUGUCCUCGCACGCUUCGGAGACGCAUGUGUGUCCUUCCUCACCGAGACGAAGCCCCCUCAUGCGGGAGCGGUGCCCCCUAGCCCCUUGGAUCGGACGCUGGACCUCUUCUACAUGAAUGUAUCGGAGCACCUGCCGCUCAACAUGACCGCCGAGGCCUGCGACGGCCUCAUCGUGCAGCCAGCGGCCGCAUAUCUCACUCACACCGGUGAGUUGACGGCAACCAUGGUUGAGCUGUUCGAGGCCGCUCAUAGCGCCGUUCUUUCGGUCUUGUCUUGCCCGCACAACAGUCCCUUGACCGUGGGACUUGUGCCGUUUUACAUCGAUGCUCUUUUUGCGUCAUUCCCUUCACAAAUAUCAACACGGCAAUUCCGGGUGGCUUUCAAAACAAUCAUGCAAAUCGUCUCUCCGCCGUUCCCAAUCUCGCUCACGGAGCCGCAGCUGUCCGAGACGCUGCUAGAGAUGGUGCGAUUCAAGACCAUGGGCGCAGGCACCGACCCCCUGCCCCUGACGCAAGACGCCAUUGCGCAGAGCGAGAAGGGCCUGACGCCGCAGCAGGAGCCCCUCUCGGAGCAGAGCUCGCUCGUCCUGACGCUCAUCGACUCGCUGCCUUUCCUGCCGCUGCCACUGGUGGAGGACUGGAUGACCCUGACGGCACAGGCGAUGAAUGAGAUUGCCAAUCCUGCCAUGCGUCAACCCGUCAAGGACCGCUUCUGGGAGGUGCUGGUCAGCGGCGAGAUGGAUGUCGAAAGGGCAACAAUCGGCGUCGCGUGGUGGACGACCAAGGGCGGGCGAGAGCUGGUGGUUGGCCGGGACGCGCAGCAGGUGCCCAUGAUGAGCGGCGCCAUCUUGGAUGAGAGCAAGUCGAGCAGGCUGUAA